GUUAUGGCGGCUGUUUAGAACAAGAACCGACACGAUGUGAGAGAAUAACAUUGGGAUUUAAUGCCCAUUUCUGAGAAAAGGGAAAGAUGGAUAUCAAACUUGAGGUAUUAGCCUCAAGUAGCAUAAAGCGUAAUAAGCCUUGGCCUAAAAUACAAUGGAUUGGACAGGAGCACGAGAGUUUGUUUAUGCUAGAUAAUGAGUUCCACAGAAUCAGUGUACUCUAUGUACCAUCAGGAAAAACAAAGAAGAAAGUACCAAGAUUGUCUACAUUAGUGGACAGCACAAUAUGUGUUGGAACUACAAGAGAUGGGGCUUAUUUGAUUGGACUGACUCACCAUGGUGACAUAUUCUUUUGGCACAAAGACAGAGACAUUCUCAAGACCAUCCGUGGCCUUGCUGGCAUAGUUUCAUCUGAGGAACUUCAACAAGAGCCAUGCAGACUGUUUGCCUCAGUAGACUGUCAGUACUUUCUACUAGUCAUUGGAACACAGAAUGUUUUUGUCUGGAAGACCGAACAGAGUGAAGAUAUCUUGGAGUCCAAACUUCCAGAAGUCCAGGGGUCAUGGAACAAAGUUGCUAUUCCAAACAACAUAGAUAUUCCAGCAUCUUGUGUAGAAUGUGCUGAGUGUUCUAUAGAUGCUGUGUUUUUUAACCAUGAGAGUCUGGGGAACUGCUGUCAGAUGUCAGUGGUGUAUAAUAAGGAACAGAGCCUGUGUAUCGUCUCCCUUCUGCUGCGGUUUGGUACAGCUGCUGACUUCUACUCCAGCAAGUCAGCACCAUUCCAGGUGGAAUGGACUGUGAUCCAGUACCCUUUCAAACACAUCCAUCCCUCAUAUGAGCCAAUUCAGUCCAGAGGAGCUUAUGUCAACUGUUAUGCUAACAAUGGUCAGGUAGUGGCGGUAGCAGCUAACCAGAACACACCAGGCCACAGUAGCAUGUUGUUUGUAUCUCCCCUCACAGACACUGUCAUGGUGUCCGAGAUGAAGGGAUGUGGGGUCAGAGAUCGCUAUUCUAAGAUGGGAAG